AAUGAAUAUGUUGAUGAUUUUAAGUAGAAAAGGACCAAAUGCAUAUAUCCAAUUUCUGGUGGCCCUAGAAAGAUGUAACUAUACAUGGGUUAUCAAGAAACUAGAGCCUGACUGUGUUAUCUAUAAAGGAAAGAUCAAAUACAGUGGACAGAAGUUUUAUGAAUUGGUAGACAACACCAGUCCUAAAUAUAAAGAAUUUGUAAAAAGAUGUGAAAAUAAUAUUGAACAGGUCUACCAGGACAAACCAGGCCAACAAUUUGUAGUUGUAAAGAAAUUGGAGAAGGGUUGUGUUGAGGUAACAUUUCAUCUAAUAUCUUUGGGUGCAACUGAUGACGAUGGACUACACCGAUGUUUAAAUGAUGUGAUAGGGAGUGGCUUUAUUGGUACAGAUUCAGUUAAACCUGACGCAUUUUCUUUCCAUCGAAUAACAGAUGAACAAAUCGCACAGGAAAGAGAAUUGAGAACGUCCAAAAGAAUAAAUGACCUUGAAAAUGAAAUCCACACAUUGAAGUCGAAAGUAAAUGAUCUCGAAGUCGAAAACGCUGCCCUGAAGUCAGCGUCAUUGCAUGCUAGUGAAAUCGAGAAAUACAAAGAACAUGAAUCCAAAAAGUAUGCAGACAGAAUCCAAGAGCUGGAAUCGAAGCAGGAGCUGGUCAUCUGGUGCUUACAGAAAGAACUGGACCAAAUGAAGAUCGAUUACGACAAAUUGCAGUCGGACUAUGGACAACUUCGACACGAUAACGAAAAAAUUGCACAUGCUAGUGUUACAUUACAAACUAAUAAAAAAAAAUUUCAACAAGAAUUAGACAUAUUACUGUCUGACCAUAAAAAGCAUCAUCAAGACGAGUCCGAUCUUGCACCAUUUCAUCAAGAUGUAACGUACAUCGAGUAUAGCUAUGCAAAUUUUAAAAAGGAAGUAGACAAAUGGAGGUCUGGUCCUAUAUCGGAUAUACCUUGUUCUGGACAUGCAACAUUCCAAGCAGACACCUCGGUGGUCGGGUCCGUAGCAGGUGGUCCCCAUAUAUCACUUCAACAAGAACGAACCAAUAUCCGACCUGAUCAUAGUCCACUUGAACAACAACUAAACAAAUUACAGUCUCUCCAUACAACAAUCCUACAAACAUUAACAAAAUUGCAGUCUGAAUCCGACUACUAUGAUUACGGAUCGGUAUUGUGUGAUUAUUUGAUGAUGUUGUGUGACCGGAGAAAAAUUAUACAAUGA